AUGUUGCUGGUAGCGAACCUCAGUCCGGUGUUCGGCUUCGUCGGAGAGUUAUCGACCAGUAUUGAGUGGGCGCUGAACACUGGAGCACUGAAGCAUCUCACAGACCACGGAAUUAUCACAGCAACCGAACUCUCACAGUCCGAAGACGCGCACGUUCUUUCACAGGCACAUCCACAUGACCGUCUCACAUUCCAUUCCCUGGCUAACGUCAUUCGUAACAUUUUCAAAGAACGACCAGAAAACAUGAAGUCGAAGCUUAACGUUAUGAAGAGCGUUUUUUUUACAGUUCGAACUUCACUCUUAUAA